AUGGGAGCAUGGCGUUUGACAGACAACGUCCUGCACACCAAUCGCUCCAGACGCAUUGGCUCUGGCAUCGUUGAUUGCCACGCUCUAGCCGCUGCCCUGGCUAACUUUGGAUCAUCGGUGUGUGGCGGCUCACCCAUCCACAAUCAUCAUGGUCGAAAUUCCCUCUGCCAUCCUCAGAAGACGGAGACUGCUAUCCUAUAUCGAUCUUUUUGUUUACUUUUCUUCUUCACACCCAACAGCCCCGUGUGUCCGCACCAUGCCAUCCAAGAAUGCACUCGAAGUCCCGACUCCUGUACGAUCGCCUGGAUCGCUGCUCUUCCGAUCGAGCGGGCCGCUGCGGAAGCAAUGCUUGAUGAGGAACAUGCCGCUCUGACCGGCUUCGCCAGACACAAGACCGAUGCGAACAUCUAUACGUGGGGUCGCAUCGGAAAGCCACAAGAUUGCAAAAUACCUUGCGCUGCAUUAUGGUCGCAUCAUGACCAUUCUGUGAGCAAAAAUCGCACUGUCCCAUUGAUGGAUUGCGAGCCUGCAUUCCGGAUGACCUGUGACAUACUUUAUACUGCAGCUCGCUUCAUAAUUCGAUUUAAGCACUGA